GCGCGUGGCGUCCGUAGCCACGGCAACCAGCUGCUUCUGAGCUGCACGCGGCCGGGCUAGGAGUUAGGAGCUGAGUUCCAGGACCCUAGUUGUGCAUGGGCACCUGCACCCGCCCGGGCCAUGGACGAGUCCUGCGAAGUCUACAACCACCUGUACUCAGCGCUGCUCGGGUUCUACCAGCCUGAGUCUCUGGGGGACAGUGACAGCACUGAUGUGGUCCCUGCCUUCGAUCCUGAGCCAGUCAUCGCCCACUGCUUCAAGCAGUUCAAGCAGGACUUCCGCCUGCCGCAGAGCCGCCGGAGGGUCAUCAUUGUGCCUGCCCAGCAAGGACAGGCACCUGUGGACCCCACGCCCAGGCCCCCGCCGUCCCUACCACCUGUCUCCAGCCUCAGCAGCCUGGAUGGUGGAGGAGAGGGUGGGGACAUCCCCGGGCCACUGGAGGACAGGGCGGCCUGGCUUCACCAGAGGGCAAGGCUGCGGAAGGAGCUGGAAGCCCUGGGCGACGUGACGCAGUGGCUGAAGAACAAGCCCAGCAUCUCGCCCUUGGAGGCCAAGGUCCUGCGCAUGCUCCACAAGGAGCGUGAGGCCCAGCUCACGGGGCAGGUGACGGCCACCGUGGCCACCAAGAAAGGAACCCCUCAGCGAGUGGUGCCCCAGCUGCGGCUGCCCAAGCCCCAGGCCCUGUCAGCCCUGUACAGCUACCUGCGUAGCCGCAAGAUCCAGGUGCUGGAGCUGUUCGCCAAGGGCCAGGGCAUGCAGCAGAGAGUCUCCCGGGAGGAGUUCCUCUCGGCACUCAGGACGGUCGGAGUCCCCCUACAGCAGCAGGAGAUGGAGGACGUGGUGAUCUACCUGAGCUCCCUCGGGAAGCAGCACGAGAUCACCAUAGAGACCCUGGCCAGCACCUACAAGCAGUGGUCUGUGGCCCAGCAGAGGAGCAUACUGCCCACCACCUGCAAGU